UUUCUCAUUUUGGAAUUAGAAGGAAAAAAAUUAACUUCCUCUGCUUCGAGAUUCACCGCAUUGAUCCAAGAAGAGAACAACUCCUUCUUAAAACUCGUUCAGGUUCAUCGGAAGCAUUCGAAUUCGUCCAAUCAAUAGACUUCUGAGACUGAGCCUAUUUGGGGGAAGAAGAAGAGUCAUGGAGCUAAUUAUAACUCGUCCGAGUUGACUCAUGUCUCGAUAGUGGGUUUCGACGUGACUGAGUUGGAUACUGAAAACUCGCUAUCCGGGUUUAUGGAUCAAGUUCCGAUAAGCUUGAGGAGAUGGGCUUGUUACCCAAUGCUGCUUGGUAGAGUAAGUCGCAGUUUCAAACACGUUAUGCUUGUCGACGCUAAAACCUCAUUGUUCAUCGGUGACCCGUUAACCCGGAUUCGUAACCGGAGCCCCGACGUAGUCCUCUUCUUCUACUCAAAAUACAAGAAAGCCUCCGAGGUUAAUCCGGCGAUUUUGAUCGGUGGAGCUAAAGGAAUCAGGAGAUUAUCGAGCUCCAUGCAUACUCAGAUUGUGAGAGCAAGAGCAAGUGCAACGAUGAUGAUCAAGAAGAAGAACUCAGUUACGGAAUCGGUUGUGUUGAGUCAACUCGUUGGGAAUUUUCCAUAUGACUAAGAACUGAACUAGAACUUUCAUAUGACCAAUGUUUGA